UGGCAGAAUGAUCCGACCAACCUGGACCUGUGGUGAGCUUACCGUUCUGUUUCUGGAGGAUUAUUUUUUCUUUUUUGUCCCUUUCAGCAGAGGGAGAUUUCUGGCCUGGAGUUUUGUGUUUUCGGCGCAUCCUACCUGUUCUCGGGGUGGUCGAAGUCCUCUGGGGAAUCCUGGCACAUCCUAUUUGUCUUCGGGGUGGUCAGGGUCAUUCUCCUCCUGCUGUUUCACCCCGUCCCGUUCUUCUCCUGGAAGCCGCGGAUCCUGGAGCCUCAAGGGAGUUACACCCCCUACGCACGCCAUUGUUCUCCGGGGUGGUAGGGCUGGUCUCCCCACUCUUCUCCUGCUUCCCUUCACCCGAGCCUCCGCCGAUGGACCCAGCAAAUCGGGAUGUGCACCUUCUCUGACCGGAUGUCGAGUACCUGCCGCCGAGCUGGGCUUCCUCGCAUCGCUCCCGCUGUUCAACCAUUUCCUGGUCCACGCCUGCGGGGUCUGUGUCUGCAGGUCCUCCACGCGGCAGUUCCUGCUGGGUCCUAUGCCUGCUGCUGCAGUUCCUGCUGGGUCCCACGCCUGCUGCUGCAGUUUGUCUUUGUGUUCCUGGUGUCGAGUCAAGUGUUCCUGGUGUCGAGUCAAGUGUUCCUGGUGUCGAGUCAAGUGUUCCUGGUGUCGAGUCAAGUGUUCCUGGUGUCGAGUCAAGUGUUCCUGGUGUCGAGUCAAGUGUUCCUGGUGUCGAGUCAAGCGUUCCUGGUGUCGAGUCAAGCGUUCCUGGUGUCGAGUCAAGCGUUCCUGGUGUCGAGUGUUCGAGUCGAGUGUUCGAGUCGAGUCAAGUGUCUGAGUUUCCUGGUCCGUCCCAAGUCAAGUCCGAGCUCGAGAAACCCUUCCAGAGGGAGAUUUCUGGCCUGGAGUUUUGUGUUUUCGGCGCAUCCUACCUGUUCUCGGGGUGGUCGAAGUCCUCUGGGGAAUCCUGGCGCAUCCUAUUUGUCUUCGGGGUGGUCAGGGUCAUUCUCCUCCUGCUGUUUCACCCCGUCCCGUUCUUCUCCUGGAAGCCGCGGAUCCUGGAGCCUCAAGGGAGUUACACCCCCUACGCACGCCAUUGUUCUCCGGGGUGGUAGGGCUGGUCUCCCCGCUCUUCUCCUGCUUCCCUUCACCCGAGCCUCCGCCGAUGGACCCAGCAAAUCGGGAUGUGCACCUUCUCUGACCGGAUGUCGAGUACCUGCCGCCGAGCUGGGCUUCCUCGCAUCGCUCCCGCUGUUCAACCAUUUCCUGGUCCACGCCUGCGGGGUCUGUGCCUGCAGGUCCUCCACGCGGCAGUUCCUGCUGGGUCCUAUGCCUGCUGCUGCAGUUCCUGCUGGGUCCCACGCCUGCUGCUGCAGUUUGUCUUUGUGUUCCUGGUGUCAAGUCAAGUGUUCCUGGUGUCGAGUCAAGUGUUCCUGGUGUCGAGUCAAGUGUUCCUGGUGUCGAGUCAAGUGUUCCUGGUGUCGAGUCAAGUGUUCCUGGUGUCGAGUCAAGUGUUCCUGGUGUCGAGUCAAGCGUUCCUGGUGUCGAGUCAAGCGUUCCUGGUGUCGAGUCAAGCGUUCCUGGUGUCGAGUGUUCGAGUCGAGUCAAGUGUCUGAGUUUCCUGGUCCAUCCCAAGUCAAGUCCGAGCUCGAGAAACCCUUCGUAAGUCGGAGUUGUGCCGCCUGAUCUGAGAGGCCCCUGCUCCGCUGCCCUGGACUGUGUUCUUUGUUCCCUGGUUGCGUCUUCUGUGUUCCCUAGUCAUGUGUGCCCGAGUCUGGUCUUCGUUCGUUCCCGAGUCUCCUGUGCUUUGUGGCUUGUGGGUGUCUGGUAUCCGCCCCUUGGGGGGGGGGGGGGGGGGGGGGGGGUACUGUCAUGAUCCGCCCCAGCCUCCCUGUCUGUGUCUCUCCUGCCCUUGAUUAACCUUAUUGUUCUCACCUGUCCCUCAUUACUCUGCCCAUGUGUUCCUGAUUCCCUUGUGUAUAUAUACCUCCCUCUUUGCUCCUGUCAGUUGUCGGAUCAUUGUCGUUCGUGCAUGUUCGUUUGUCCUGUCGCUCCCAGUCUACAAUUAAACAUAUUUUUAUUUUUUUCA